CACCCGACUGGCAGUCAGUGGCUCCCGGGGCCCCGCGUCGUCAGUCUCGUUGGGGUAGUUUCGUGCAAUCGUGUGUCUCUCCUCUUCUUUCUUUCUCUCCUCUUCUCUCUCUUUUUUUCCCUCUCUCUUUCUCUCAGUGUGCCUCCCCUUUCCUUCACUCUUUUCUCUCGCCCGCCUGCCCCCCUCCCCUCCGCGGCUGCCGGUGUAUCUGGGCCUCUUUCUCGGUGCCCGGUCCACCCUUUUACCACGGUUGUUUCUUUUGCUUGCCCUUGCUCGUUGUUCUCGUUCCACCCGUCGGUGUCCCGCGGGCCUUAAUCCCGCUGGGUUCGCCAUUCUUUUUUCCGCGUUGCGUCGUCGUUGCCGCUUGCUGCGCGCUGAUAAGUGAGUGAUAAGAACGCGAUCGCAUCCGGUGGUUCAGUGCCGCGUGUGGCCUCAAGAGUUCGCGAUCCCAGGCUCCCUAAUAAUAAUCAUCGAGGAUCAUCGCAACCAACGAUUCCGCACCAAUUAUUCCUGUAAAAAGGGUAUUAAUCGCGGGCAUCAGGAAUAUCGUCCAAGUUCCGGAUUGCACUUAUCCACCUAAUAGUGCUCCCUAUCCGACAAUCGCGAGAAAACCGUUCAAAGUCGCCGAUCAAGUCGACACUUAAUGGAUGUGGUGUUACAAAAGGGUGAGAUAAUUUGGGGAAGAUUCUGAGGCGCAAUGACAGGAUUAUUCACUAGUAAGAAGACGGAAGGCACGAAGUAGCCUUCACCAGGUGAAAGAUCUCCCAACGAAGCGAAGAAUCGUGAAAGUGCCGGUUGAACCGAAUGGACCUGCGACGAGGCGAGAAUCGAUCUAUCGAAGCACCGAUCAACCACACCCGGCUGAUGACAUUUGAUUCUGCGUGUGAUAUUUGUUAGAACUCGUCGGUGAGCACUCGAGAUUCGAGUCUCCUUCAUUCCCAACGAGAUAAUGCUAUUCCUAGCACAGAUAUCAACAUUAAGCAAUUUGCAACCGAGUCGUCAUUGGAGACUAUUUCCAAUUCGGAAAAUCUUUUCAGUGAAAAUUCGAUCAAUUUGAAGUUUUCUUUCUUCCUUUCCCGAAGAAGAACUCUGCCGCGGUUCCAUUCUGUUACAUCGAGAACAUCCGUGAUAAUUCUUUAAGUACCGUUUUAAGGGGAGACGCCGCCAAAGUAUCGCGAAUUAAAGGGUACGGCCGGUGGUCGGUACGAAGGCCUCAAGAUUGCUCGAAAACUGUCGCGCGAGUUGCGCAGGAGUAGCAGAGCUGCGGAAAUAGGGGGUGCCGGCGUGAUGCAGCGGGUGGGCGCAGCCGGGGGGCCCGGGCCCAUCGGCUUCCAGGGCCCUCCAAGAUCGCUGAAAAUCUCACCGGUGAACAUACAAGACGAGCCCACCGAUCCCACGCAGAAAGGCAGGAGUUCGCUUUGCGUUGGCUGCGGGGGUCGGAUUCACGAUCAAUGGAUCCUGAGGGUAGCGCCUAAUUUGGAAUGGCAUGCGGCAUGCUUGAAGUGUGCCGAGUGCCAACAGUUUCUGGACGAAAAAUGCACCUGCUUCGUACGAGACGGCAAAACCUACUGCAAACGCGAUUACGUUAGACUGUUUGGCACGAAAUGUGACAAGUGUAGCCAAUGCUUCAGCAAAAACGACUACGUGAUGAGAGCGAAAACCAAGAUCUAUCAUGUGGAGUGCUUUCGCUGCUGCGCUUGCUUGAAACGGCUCGAGACUGGCGACGAAUUCGCUCUGAGGCAAGACGGUCUUUUUUGUCGACACGAUCACGACGUUCUCGAAGGCGGAAAACACUGCACUGGCGUUACCGGUAUACCGGGAAGCGAGAACAACAAUAAUGCCUCCCUGACGAACAACAAUCAUCAUUUACAUCCGAAUGACGGCUCGAUGUCAGAUUCCGGAUCCGAGAGCGGAUCACAUAAAGCGGUCAGUGGUGUUCGUGGUUCAGGUGGACACAAAAGUGGCGGCGGAUCCGACGGAAAACCAACGAGAGUACGCACGGUUUUGAACGAGAAGCAAUUGCACACUCUGAGGACCUGCUACGCCGCGAAUCCGCGUCCGGAUGCUCUUAUGAAGGAGCAACUCGUUGAAAUGACUGGACUGAGUCCACGGGUGAUUAGGGUAUGGUUUCAGAACAAGAGAUGCAAAGAUAAGAAGAAAACAAUAGCCUUGAAGCAGCAGAUGCAAGAGAAGCACUUUUCAUUUCAGGACGGGCGUAAAUUAGGCUUCGGCGGUAUGCAUGGUAUUCCAAUGGUCGCCAGUAGUCCGGUGAGGCACGAGAGUCCUAUCGGCAUGACGCCGCUGGAGGUUCAAGCUUAUCAGCCACCUUGGAAGGCGCUCUCUGACUUCGCGCUUCACACGGACCUGGACCGAUUGGAUCCUAACGCGCCGUCUUUCCAUCAUCUAGUAUCUCAGAUGCAUGGUUACGACUUGCAUGGAGGUCCACCGCAGCUGCCACCGCCGAUGCUUGGACCGAUGAACGACGGCGGGGGCGGACCGUUGCCACCUCCAGGGCCCCAUCAUCCGGGCAGCGGGGGUCCGGACAUGGGCCAACACCCCGAUAGCACUGAUAGCUAUGUGACCUACGUAGAGAGUGACAGUGACUCGUUUCAUCACGAUACGGGAAGUCCAUAGUGUCGUGCACGUCUCGAGUGCAAAAUAACACCCGCGCCGUCCUUCGCCUUCGUAGCAACCCUCGUCGUGAUGCUCGCCAUAAUGGUGAGAUGCCUGAAACGACGGAAGCACUAGCUCGGGAAUCGGGACGCAGAUGACAAUGAUGAUCAGAUACCAAAGGACCACCGAUGUCUCAUCGAUCUACCAAUGAUGAUUGGGACGACCUCGUACGAUCCAUGGUCGUAGAGCCUACGAUCGCGCACACGACACAUCGGGAUUCAAGAAAAAUGCCUCAAAAACGACAAAGAUACACUAAAGAUGAGCGAGAAGCGAUACGAAGUGCUAUCUGCAUGAAUUUACGUCUACGAGAAUGAUCUGUUUUCCGCUUCUAAUAAAUGAUGCGAAAAUACCGCAUCAUGCCCGCGAUGACACGAUUAUCUUAUUAGGCAUUCAAAAAGUGUGAGUUCAAUAUAGAAAACCUAUUGUCACUAUACGUUACGAUUUAUUGAUACGACAUUAUUAUCGAUUAUAUCCUCGUCAGAUCACGUGUUAUCUUAUUUCGAUCUCUUUCGUCCUAUCCUUUUUCAACAGGCAACGUUUCCGUGCAUAUAUUUAUAUGUUGCGUAAUAAUUUUAUAAUAAAAAUUCGCUCUGUGUUAUCUCUGAGAUUGUAAUACCUAUCAUUUUCGAUGGGAGCUCUUGUGCAAACGGCUUACGCGUGUGUCGUUAAUCGCCUGUAUAUAGAGAAGAGAGAAAAAAUUUGGCAUCAGCUAUCAUGGAUGCACAACUGUACAUAGUUACUAAUCGCUGUAAAUCUAAGCAAUGUUAAAUCGUGAUGUACUCAGGCGCAAGUUAUAGCGUAGAAUAUGAAUAGUGGAAUAUAUAUAUAUAUAUAUAUAUAACACACAUAGGCACGUUAAAUUUACAUUAAUGAUUGCAAUAUUCCAAUUAUGUUAAGUUUUGCCAAUGGCAGAGAUACGCUUGCAAAGGAAGGCUGCGGAUGCCACGUAGCGUUUCAUUUAUCCAUCCUUAGUGAGAAAGUUGCCAUUAUCGUUGAUAUUUCGUGUUAUCUCUCAGAUUUGUAUCUCUAAGUAAAAGGCGACUUUGGCAAAGGUCUCGAUUCGGUGAGAGAUGCAGGAUUACGCUUGAAUACCGAAACACAAGAGAGCGGUUCUCUUUUAUUUAUGUUGAUUACAAGAAAAAAAUUAGAAACCGUUGGAUUAAAAGAGGAAAAUUAAAGUAAACUUGUGAAUUUUCAAGCUUUCUGUGACGUUGUAAGAGAUUAGUUUCACUAUUAUUAAAUAUUUUUUUAUUCUUCCCUAUUUCUGCGUAUCCUGUUUAAGCAGAUGCGCCUUAUAAGAUACAAUCGGAAAAAUUGAAACGGCGAAUACAUAAAAAAACAGUAUUAGAAACUAAGUAAGUUUCUUAUAUAUGACAUUUAUGUUAUUAUUGGAUGAUUUCAAUAUGUUGGGAAUGAAAAAGAAUAGUGAAGAAUAGAAAGAGUUUAGGAUAAAACGUCUUAAACACCGAAUUUUCAAUUUAAAUUAGAAAUACGUUUUAAUCUCUUCCUUUAUGGGAUGAAUUGCGAAUGCAUUUUCAAGUGAUUAUAUACGAUUAAUUAUAACUAAUGAAAUAAUUAAUUUUUCAUUACUUCACGCACACUUGAAAUUAUUUAAAUUGUCAUGCAAAACGCAAUAUAGAUGUUUCAAAGAUUCUAAUAGAUAGUUUCGAAACUAUUCAUGCAUUGCAUUAUCUUACAGAGUCAAUUGCAAUAAUCGCUUCUCAGGACUACUUGUUCUAUAUAAACCUGACGAUUAUAAUAAAGAAAGGUAGAAUUCCAACGUAUUGUGAUUAUUUUUGCAAAUUUCUUUCUGCUUGAGAUUCUAGACUUGUUAUACGAGUUUCUUAAAAAAAUGCGCGUAGAGGGAGCUGUGUCGCGUACUUUGAAUACCAAAAGCGUGCGAAACUUUAACGAGAUGGCAAGCGCACCCAGCUGUAUAUAAUUAUCCCUCCUAGUUGUUAAUUAGCUAAUUCGUUUUAAUAAACAGCGUUUAAUAAACCGCCACACAGACGCCACGACCAGCCAUUCUGGUCGUAUAGAAAACCAUUACAUACCGCUCUCUUGUGUGCGGUGUGCGUGCGUGUGCGUGUAUGUGUGUGUGUGUGUGUGUAUGUGUGUGUAUGUAAGUGACACGUUAAAAAAGAAAAGAAAAUCGUGUAGAGAUCUAAUGUUUCGUAAUCCGUUCGAGCAUCUUCGAAUUUGUAUGAUAUUUCUAUACUGGCACGAUGUAUGUAAUAAACUGUCGAACAAAAGCA